AUAUUAUCAACUCACAUAUCCUUAUCACUUUUGGGAUAGCGGGAACUGGAUAGUCCAGCGACUUCUCCUCGCGAGCCUGAUCCGGAACGAAACACCACUCUCGCCCAACCCCGCAAAAUGCGAAGCUUUGCAGCACAGACUGACACUUUUUGACGCUGUCUCAGAUCAGACUGCAUGGCCACAGCGCCCGUCGGAGAAUUUGACUGGCGCACCUUUCCUGCCUGAAACACUCAAGAUGGUGGCACCAAGGAACGCCGCCUUCGCCGAGGAGAGCGCUGAGGUUGAAGUACUCCUGGCUUCGUUGGGGAAGACGAAAGACAUCACUAAGCGAAUAGCUGCCAGUUUGGCGCGGCUCGAUGUCAGCGGUAAGAUCGUCAAGGAUGCCAUCGGGCCGAUCUAUAGCAACACCCAACAACUUCAGAUCACGAGUCGGAAUAUCGACAAGGUCAAUGAAGCCAUCGAAAAGCUCAAGCAGCCGCUCGACUCCCGAGGUCGAGAGGAAGGUAUUAUCAGAGCAGGGCCCAAAGCCUCAGGACUACCGCAAUAUCUUAGCGCCUUGAAGCGCCUUGACAAAACCCUCACUGAUGUAAGCUCGACAAAUAUGAGGGCCAACCAACAGGCUGUUUCCGAUUUCCACAGCCUCCUGUCCACCGGCGUCAACCAGUUAAACGACAUGUAUCGGCAGAUGCUACAGGAGGACGCGCAGCCCAUCGAACCUUUGCAUCAUAUCACGAAACAAAUACCAUUUCCUACAUACUCCCAAGAAAAGGCUCAGUCUCUGAGUCAAAUCGCUAUGGCAAUGGCAUCCGCCGGAGCACAUUCGGCGAGACUGGGCCAACGUGACGAGGACGCGGCAGCUUUGAUCUACGUCGAAGUGAGGGGAGACUACCUUCAGAACAGCCUUCAGAACCUUGCCACAGCCUCGAUCAUGACUUCCAAGCGACGAGGGAACGAUUCGGGCAUCUACCGAGAAGGCUCCAGUGGUGUCGGGGCAUAUGCGAACGGUAUCGAAGGCAUGUUUGUCGCGGAAGCAGAGAACACGUCCCGCAUAUUCCGUAGCGACCCUGGGCGUGUCUACACAAUGACUUGCGGCAAAGCUCUAGGGACGUUUACACGUACUCUGUCAGAGCUGAAUAAUGGAAUCAAGCCACGGAUACUGAGCGAUUGUUUCCUCGCCUACGAGAUCCUAGAUCUAUUCACACCCCUUAGCUACCGACUUGAAUCGCGGACGGGUCAACUGCGAUCCCAAUUUGCCGAUGCACUCCGGCCGAUACGUGACACCGCUCGCUCAUCGUUCAGCGAAAUACUGAGCCAAACAAAGAAACAAGCCGAAUCAAUUUCAACACUCCCACCGGAUGGUAGCACCAUCCCGCUGGUCUCACAAACAGCCUCCCGCCUCCAAAACCUGGCCAUAUUUGAGCGGCCCUUGCUAGUCCUGCUCUCCUCCAUCGGCGACGGAAACUGGAAGUCCGCCCCGGGGAUGGCCUCCCAAUCUACGCUGAACCUCGAAUUAACCCCAUCCACUGAAAACCCGACGUUACUGUCGCACUACCUCAUCGACAUUGUGGAUGCCCUUCUCUCAACGCUCAACGCACGCUCUCAAGUCCUGCACCCCAAGAAACCCCUCCAGGGAAUCUUCCUGCUCAAUAGCGUCGCUGUGCUCACUCGGGCAGUCCAAUCGUCACCAGACCUUGCUCGCUAUUUAGGGAUCUCCCCACACAACGCCAAACUCGAUGCCUACCGCAAAGCCGGCUCUUCGCUGUAUUUGACGGCGUGGCGUGACCCUGCGAACCACCUCUUCGACCAAAUCCAGACCUCGUCCGGCUCGCGGCCCUUGUCAGGCCAGGCCAUCGAUUCGACAUCCAUAAUAAAAUCCCUCUCCUCCAAGGACAAGGACAAGAUCAAGGAAAAGUUCAAACUAUUUAAUAGCAGUUUUGACGAGCUGAUCACACGGCACAAGAGCCUGCAUAUGGAGGCGGAGGUCAGGUCGCAGUUGGGAAGGGAGAUUCAAGGCAUGAUCGAACCCCUCUACACGAGGUUUUGGGAUCGGUAUCAUGAGGUGGACAAGGGGAAGGGCAAAGUCGUCAAGUAUGACAAGGGCACCUUGAGUCAGAUGCUGGCCAGUCUUUAGGAGAGAACAGGGAUAGACAGCGUUGCGGUCGUGGGUGUGAGUGAGAGGAGAGAUCGGGACGGUUGGAUAAAAUUGUUGGACUCAACGGGGCCGGUAACCAUAUGAUGAAUUGGACUUGUUCGUGGAAGUUACAAAACCGAUGGCGGGUUCAAAAAAUCGUCUGGGAACGUUAGCCUUUCAUGUCGUUGGAACCGGACCUGGCUUGUCCGGCGCAGUGGCUGAUGAGUUUUUGGCAUGAUACAUAGGUAGGUAAGUAGGCAUCUAGGUGAGCGAUCUCCGAGGUUGGAUAAUAUAUUACCAUAAUAUCCUUUCGACGCUACCGA